UAUAGAGCAAGUCAGAGAGCAUAUCGAGCGAAGCCCGAUUCCCCCCUUCCCGUUCGAUUUCCUCUCCCAGAUUCUGGCACGCAACCCUAGCAGCCUCGCGCGUUCGCCAGGCACACGCUCUGACCUUCCUCGGUUCUGUGUCCAAAUCGAUCUGUCUUCACUCCCUCUCCCUGCAAUUCGGAGGUUUUGAAUGCGUGAUCGGCGUCAUGUACACCGCCUCCCGCUCCUCCGCUGCGCUUCGCAGAGCCUCGAGGACUAGAGCUUCGUCGUUCUCCUCUCUUUCGAAGGCUGUUUCUUCGCCGGCUUCUCAGCCGUUGCCUUGUCAUGGCGGCGAACAGAUCAUCCAGAGUCGAUCUUUUAGCUUUGCCUCGGCGUUGCGGAGCCUGCGAUGUUCUGUUCCGAGGUGGAGCCAUGGCGUCGAUUGGAAGUCUCCGGCGAGUCUGACGGCUCAGAUCAGGACGGCUGCUCCUGUCAUCGACCGCUUCCAGCGGCGUAUUGCUACGUUGGCUGCUGAGCAUGCUUUCAAGGGAAUUUUGACCAGUCUUCCCAAGCCAGGGGGUGGUGAAUUCGGAAAAUUCUAUAGUUUGCCUGGUUUGAAUGAUCCAAGGAUUGAUAAGCUUCCGUAUUCUAUUAGGAUCCUUCUUGAGUCAGCAAUUCGGAACUGUGACAACUUUCAAGUUACUAAGGAUGAUGUUGAGAAAAUUAUUGAUUGGGAAAAUACUUCACCAAAUCAAGUUGAAAUUCCCUUCAAGCCUGCUCGUGUUCUCCUGCAGGAUUUUACUGGUGUACCAGUUGUGGUUGACCUUGCUUGUAUGAGAGAUGCUAUGAACAAUCUUGGCAGCGAUUCUAACAAGAUCAAUCCUUUGGUUCCCGUAGAUCUUGUUGUUGAUCAUUCAGUUCAAGUUGAUGUUACAAGAUCAGAAAAUGCAGUACAAGCAAAUAUGGAACUCGAAUUCCAGAGAAACAAAGAGAGAUUUGCUUUUCUAAAAUGGGGCUCAAAUGCAUUCCAAAACAUGCUUGUGGUUCCUCCAGGUUCUGGUAUCGUGCACCAGGUUAAUCUUGAAUAUCUUGGGCGGGUCGUUUUUAACACUGAUGGCAUGCUCUAUCCCGAUAGUGUGGUUGGUACUGAUUCUCACACUACCAUGAUUGAUGGGUUAGGAGUUGCAGGUUGGGGAGUUGGAGGUAUUGAAGCAGAGGCAGCAAUGCUUGGCCAGCCAAUGAGCAUGGUAUUGCCUGGUGUGGUUGGAUUCAAGUUGUCUGGAAAGUUGCGCAAUGGGGUCACAGCUACUGACCUGGUUCUAACUGUAACCCAAAUACUAAGGAAGCAUGGUGUUGUUGGCAAAUUUGUUGAGUUUCAUGGUGAUGGUGUGGGUGAAAUAUCACUAGCUGAUAGGGCCACCAUUGCAAAUAUGUCUCCUGAGUAUGGUGCAACAAUGGGAUUCUUUCCUGUAGACCAUGUUACUUUGCAAUAUCUAAAAUUGACUGGAAGAAGUGAUGAAACCGUGGCUAUGGUUGAAGCAUAUUUGCGUGCAAAUAAAAUGUUUGUUGACUAUAAUGAGCCCCAGCAAGAAAGAGUAUAUUCAUCUUAUCUACAUUUAGAUCUUACGGAUGUUGAACCCUGUAUUUCCGGGCCAAAGAGACCUCAUGAUCGGGUCCCUUUGAAAGAAAUGAAGGCUGAUUGGCAUUCUUGCCUUGACAAUCAAGUUGGAUUCAAGGGCUUUGCUAUACCAAAAGAGUCACAAGACAAAGUGGUGAAAUUCUCUUUCCACGGACAGCCUGCAGAGCUUAAGCAUGGCAGUGUUGUAAUUGCUGCAAUUACAAGCUGCACAAAUACGUCAAACCCUAGUGUCAUGCUUGGGGCUGGUCUUGUUGCAAAAAAGGCUUUUGAGCUGGGUCUGCAGGUCAAGCCAUGGGUAAAAACUAGUCUUGCCCCAGGUUCUGGAGUUGUUACAAAAUAUUUACUCGAAAGUGAUCUUCAGAAGUAUCUGAAUGAGCAGGGUUUCCAAAUUGUUGGAUAUGGUUGCACAACUUGUAUUGGAAAUUCAGGGGACUUGGAUGAAUCAGUUGCUUCAGUUAUAUCAGAAAAUGACAUUGUUGCCGCUGCUGUUCUUUCUGGGAACCGGAAUUUUGAGGGUCGUGUUCAUCCCUUGACAAGAGCUAAUUACCUGGCUUCACCUCCUUUAGUGGUCGCUUAUGCCCUUGCUGGAACUGUCGAUAUUGACUUUGAGAAGGAACCAAUUGGAGUUGGGAAAGAUGGAAAAGAUGUCUACUUUAAGGAUAUUUGGCCUUCAACAGAAGAAGUUGCUGAGGCUGUUCAAUCCAGUGUAUUGCCAAAUAUGUUUAAGAGUACUUAUGAGGCUAUCACAAAAGGAAAUCCCAUGUGGAAUCAGCUGCCAGUUCCAGCGUCCAAAUUAUACUCAUGGGAUCCCAGUUCCACCUACAUUCACGAGCCACCAUAUUUCAAGAAUAUGACCACUGAUCCUCCUGGUCCCAUUCAAGUGAAGGAUGCCUACUGUUUGCUGAACUUUGGUGAUAGCAUUACAACAGAUCACAUUUCUCCUGCAGGAAAUAUCAACAAGGAUAGUCCUGCUGCAAAAUUUCUCCUCGAGCAUGGGGUGGAACGCAAGGACUUUAAUUCUUAUGGUAGUCGCCGUGGUAAUGAUGAAGUAAUGGCAAGGGGAACUUUUGCAAAUAUCCGUCUUGUCAACAAGCUAUUAAAUGGGGAAGUUGGGCCAAAGACAGUUCAUUUUCCUACAGGGGAUAAACUUUACGUGUUUGAUGCAGCAAUGAGGUACAAGACUGCUGGACAGGAUACUAUUGUUUUGGCUGGAGCAGAGUAUGGAAGUGGAAGUUCUCGUGAUUGGGCUGCCAAGGGCCCAAUGUUGUUGGGAGUCAAGGCUGUAAUUGCAAAAAGUUUUGAAAGGAUCCACCGCAGUAAUUUGGUUGGAAUGGGUAUUGUUCCACUUUGUUUCAAGCCUGGGGAAGAUGCUGAUUCAAUUGGGUUGACGGGUCAUGAGCGUUAUACCAUUGAUCUCCCCAAUAAAAUUAAUGAGAUAAGACCUGGUCAAGAUGUCUCUGUGAGGACGGACACUGGCAAAUCAUUUAUCUGCACAGUUCGCUUCGACACAGAGGUAGAAUUAGCUUAUUUCAACAACGGGGGCAUUCUUCCAUAUGCCAUUCGACAGUUGAUUAAGCAGUAGCAACCCCAACUCGAUCGAUUUUCUUGCUUUGCUUGCUGCUCUGCACUCCUCCAAUUCUAGUGCAGGAGAGGUCAAUAAAUUUUGUAGCACUGUACGGCAACCCUUUGAUUUUAAAGUUUUACUUCCACUUGGCUACCAAGUUUUUUGGCAAGAUCGGGAACACCGGUUCACUUAUUUAUUGCUUUUGUAACAAAAAUACAAUUCUGCUUUAUACUUCCUUUUUUGUGUUCAAUUGGAAAAUAAAAGUGCAAAAUAACCUUUUUGAUUUUGGUUAGUUUAGUUUUUAAAACUCUUUCUUGUUGAAAUUUAUCAAUAAAAUGUACUUUUUGAAAUGAUUCACUUUA